CGCAGGCGCAGCCCCGCGGGGGCCAUGGCCGCUCACGGCCGUUGCUGAGGCGCCCGGCGCCGGCUCCGCUCCCGUCCCGCUCCGCUCCGGGCGGCCCCAUGAGGAGAAGGCGGCGGAGAAGACGGCGGAGCGGCGAUGGGCUCGCUGAGCAGCCGGGAGCUGAGGCGGUGGGUGGGCCUCCCGCGGGGGGACGGGGUUGCCGGGGACGACGGCGGCGGCAGCGGCGGUGUCCGGGGCGGCAAGAGGAAGCGCGGUGGGGCCGAGGGUCCCGGUGACAGCGACAGCGACGGCGAGGCCGAGCGGGAGGAGCGGCUCCUCAACACCCCCCGCAGGAAAAAAUUGAAAAGUACUUCUAAGUAUAUUUACCAGACUCUGUUUUUGAAUGGGGAGAACAGUGAUAUCAAAAUCUGCGCUCUGGGAGAGGAGUGGAACUUGCAUAAGAUAUAUUUGUGUCAGUCAGGCUACUUUUCCAGUAUGUUCAGUGGAUCUUGGAAAGAAUCUAGCAUGAAUGUCAUAGAGUUGGAGAUUCCUGACCAAAAUAUUGAUAUAGAAGCUCUGCAGGUGGCUUUUGGCUCACUCUACAGAGAUGAUGUCUUAAUAAAACCCAGUCGUGUCGUUGCACUUUUAGCAGCAGCCAGCAUGCUGCAGCUUGAUGGCUUAAUCCAGCAAUGUGGUGAAACAAUGAAGGAAACCAUUAAUGCAAAAACUGUCUGUGGUUAUUAUAAUUCAGCAGGGACCUACGGGUUGGACUCUGUGAAGAAAAAGUGCCUCGAGUGGCUCUUGAACAACCUGAUGACUCACCAGAGUGUUGAACUCUUCAAAGAACUCAGCAUAAACCUCAUGAAGCAGCUGAUUAGCUCUUCUAACCUGUUUGUGAUGCAGGUGGAAAUGGAUGUGUACACUGCUCUCAAAAAGUGGAUGUUCCUCCAGCUAGUGCCUUCUUGGAAUGGAUCUCUGAAACAACUCUUAGCUGAAGCUGAUGCCUGGUUUGCCAAGCGUAGGAAAGAUCUGGAGGGUGAUGUGUCCUUCCUGGAGUCGGAGCAGGGGAAGGCGUUCCUGUCGGUGUUCACACACCUGAGGUUGCAGUACAUCAUCAGUGAUUUGGCAUCAGCCAGAAUUAUUGAGAGAGAUUCCCUCAUCCCUUCAGAAUGGCUGUCCUCUGUUUACAAACAGCAGUGGUUUGCCAUGCUCAGAGCAGAACAAGACAAUGAUAUUGGGCCUCAAGAAAUAAAUAAAGAGGAACUGGAAGCAAACAGCAUGAGGUGUGGUCGAAAACUUGCAAAGGAUGGUGAUUACUGCUGGCGCUGGACUGGGUUCAACUUUGGCUUUGACCUCCUUGUAACUUACACAAACCGCUACAUCAUUUUCAAACGGAACACUCUGAAUCAGCCCUGCAGUGGCUCAGUCAGCCUGCAGCCCCGCAGGAACAUAGCCUUCAGGUUACGCCUCGCCUCUUUUGAUGGCAGUGGGAAAAUGAUCUGCAGCAGAACCACAGGAUAUCAGAUCCUCACCCUCGAGAAGGACCAGGAGCAGGUGGUCAUGAACUUGGACAGCAGACUCCUGAUCUUCCCUCUCUAUAUCUGCUGUAACUUCUUGUACACCUCACCAGAGAAGAAGGCUGAGAGUGAGGCACAGCCAGACCAUGUGGAAACCUGAGAGCUCCUCAGCAGCAGAGAGCAGCAGGCUGGAUGCUUCCAGUGCAACGCCCUGAGGCACAGAGCUUUGACAGCAAACAAGGCCUUACACUGUAGCAGAUAGAGACAUGGCCUUAGUGUACUCCUAUGCAUAUCUAAAGAGAAGGUCAGAGUUAUAUAGGCCAAAACUAGUUAUCCAUUUUCAUGUUUGUUUUGUAUCUGCAUUCUGUUGUUCUUCAGGCAGUCGCCCAUUCCUUUUCAAGAGAUGUUUUGCUUUUUAUUUCUUCUGGGUGAAAACUGAGCCAAAUUGAAAACAGGGAAUUGAUGUGAAUAACAUCUUAUGAACUUCUCUGUCAGACUCUGAGCACACGUUUUAGAAUAGGUGAGUUUUGUUAGGUUGUUUGCUUUUUUGUUUGUUUUUUAAUAACUGAUCUGUAAAUACCAGAUCCGUAUUUCUUACUUUGUGCUCCUUUUCCAUUGGGGCCAAAUAUGUGCAAAUGUUGCCUGUCACCUUUUGUUAGUUAUUUAACUGUACAGGCUUUCAAACCUCCUUGUUUUUAAGAUUUUUUUGUGUCUCUUAUAACAUAUGUUUCAUUCUUGAGCUUUUUUUAAUGCUGCAGCAAAUCUCUUUAUUUAGCAGGUGAUUUUGCUAACAAGGACGUGUGUAAGUGAAGUAUUUUUUCCACACACAGCAAAUACUCUCAUGUCCUAACCAUCACUCAAGCCUACUAUGCAGCAGCUUUCAGCCAGGAUUCUCCUGAAUGCUUACUGUACUCACAUGAACCAAAUACCAGUUUUUAAACAUUGUUUUGGUUUUGUUUUUUAUGACUUCUUUUAACUUACAUUGGGAAUAUAUCCCCUUUUAGCUCAGGAACUUGUGACCUCUGAGUGCCUUUUGAGUUGUCUGUGUUAACACAAACUUCACAUCAGUUAAGCAAGGUCACAGGAUCUAAAGGAAGAGCUGGGAACAAGGGAUUCCUUUUCAGUUGGUUUGACGAGUGAGUCAGGUGUCAGAGGAACACUGUGUUAGUUCUUUGUGUGCGUUGGGUUUUAUGUUUGUCUGUUGCAAUUUUGAAUUCUUCUUGCAUCAGGAUUUUUUGGAUUCAAAGUGGGAAUUUUGCCUCUUUAGUAGCCUAUUUUUUUAAUGUUGUCAGAAAAGUAUGAAACCAUUUGUACUUUAUAACAAGGAGAAAAAAUGUUAGGCAAGAUGGAAAAAAAGUGGCAAUUUGUCAAUAAAUGAUUUCAAGUGGCA